AUGUUGACCAACAUCACCUCAACAGCGCAAUGGCGCCAAACCCUCAGCUCCCACACCAUCGUCAUCACUGACUUCUACGCCGACUGGUGCGGCCCCUGCAAGAUGAUCGCGCCCACCUUCGAGACGCUCGCGACCAAGUUCGCCAAGCCCAACAAGAUCGCCUUCUGCAAGGUCGACGUCGACAGCCAGGGCGAGGUCGCCCAGCUGUACGGCGUGCGCGCCAUGCCCACCUUUGUCAUCCUCCGCAACGGCACCGCCAUCGAUACCAUCAAGGGCGCCAACCCGCCCGCGCUGACGGCGGCCGUGGAGAAGGCUGUCAAGUUGGCUGGUCCUGGGGGUGGUGGUGGUGGUGGUGCGACGUUUGCUGGGUCGGGGCAGAGGCUGGGUGGGAGUGGCGUGGGGAGGCCGAGUGUGGGGAGGCCGGUGCAGUGGGAUUUGAAGGGGUUUGUGGAGGGGUUGAUUGCGUUUUUUGGGUUGUACUUCUGGUCGUUGAUCUCGCUUGAUCCUUACAAGGCGGCCGAGAACUCGCCAUUUAACAAGAAGAAUAUCCAGGCCCGGGCCCAGUCAGCGGGGACGACGGCGGGAGCUAUGAUUUCGGCGGGCAAAAUGCAGAAUCGGUGUCCUGGGUGCCGCGCCCAGCUUCUGAGCUUUUACGAUGCUCUUUUGCUACCGCGCACCCGGCCGUCGACCCAGCCAUUCCUUCGCAAACGCCUGCAGCCCCCCUCUUCCAUGUCAACGGGCGCUGCAACCCGGCCCUGGCGAACCACCACCGUCCGGCAAUUUUCGACAAGCACACCGGUUCGGCAAGAACCAACGAAGGACGCCACUCCCACCGAGCCGUUGAGCACAACUGCGCCUUCGACAACGGAGGACAUCGAGACAAUCGUGCGGCAGGCGAGACAGACGUUCGGCAACACACUACCCGCUGACUACCUGUCGCCGGAGGAGUACAAGGUCUACGAAAGGCUAUACGGGCCGCCUCUCCGCGAGACACAACCGGAAGAUGUGGGCAUUCCCUUUCCCAAAGUCGAGGAAGAUGCGCAGCACGCUCUGCUGAGGGAGACGGAACAAGGCACGCUGGAGGAGGUCGAGUACAGUUUGGAUCGCACUACGGCUAUUGAGUCGGAAGGCAUGGAAGAGCCGGAUGUUCCUGAAGGCGCCGAGGGAGCUGAGGAGGCGCCGGAGACGGUCGAAGCGCUUGAGCCCGUUGCCGAUGGCCCUAUUGACUACCUCAACGUGACGGCCAACAACCGGCGCGAGUACCAUGCGCUCAUGAAGCUGCAGCGUGAUUUCGAAGUGGCCUCGUUGCAACGGGCCCAGGAGGUUCGGGAAGACGAGGAGAUCAACGAGGAAGAGGAACCACGUGAAGAGGAGGAGAUCGACGAGGACGAGGGUGAGCCGGAUGCCAGGUUCCUCGAGGACUACGAGCCUUCGGCGCGGCUGCACGAAUUCACGACACUUGGCAAGUUCAAGACGAGUCCUACGACGCUGCAGCUUCCGAAGGUCACUUUCGUCGAGCCCAUCAGCACACUGCUCGAUAGAACCGAUACUUCACAUAUCAAGGAGGCGGCAGAGCGUGUGCUUGGGGGCCCGGGCUUGCCCUACGGCCCGGCGACGCCAAAGUCAAAGUCCAACUUACCCCAAAAGGGCAUUAAAAUGGAGGCUGGGCAUUACAGGAUGUCUCCGAUCGAGGCCGAUGCCUACCUUGCUACUGUGCUCCCGGGCUUAUACGCAUCGGCAACAAGUGUUUUGGUCGAGGUGCGGAAACGGCUGGGUGACAAGUGGAUCGAAGGCCUCAUUAACCGGCCCGGCGGAACUGGCCCUCGUGUGCUCGACGUCGGCGCUGGCGGCGCUGGCCUGGCUGCUUGGCAGGAUGUGCUCCGGGCCGAGUGGGACGUCCUCCGCGAGAGUGACAAGGUGCAUGGCGAUGAGCCCCCCGGCAAGAAGACGGUUGUUGUCGGCUCAGAGAACCUCCGGCAGCGCGUUUCUCGGUUCUUGGAGAAUACGACUUUCCUGCCCCGUCUGCCCGACUACGUCCACUCGAUCGAGGGAGGUGAGCGGAAGCUCGACUCGGGCGGUGGCCCCGCGCCACGCAAGGUGUUCGACGUCAUCAUCGCAUCCCACAUGCUGAUGCCGAUCGAGAAAUCAUACAAGCGCAAGGAGUUUCUAGACAACCUCUGGACCAUGCUCUCGCCGGAAGGCGGCGUGCUGAUCGUGCUUGAAAAGGGUCACCCGCGUGGCUUCGAGGCCGUGGCCAAUGUGCGCGAUCGUAUCCUUGACGAGUUCAUCACCCCGCCUGGACGGCAGCCGAGCAGUGAAGAGAUCCAACAGGACUCGGAGCGUGUUCGGGAGCCCGGCAUGAUUAUCGCGCCGUGCACAAACCACACCAAGUGCCCGAUGUACCACACCCCCGGACUCAGCCACGGGCGCAAGGACUUCUGCCACUUCAACCAGCGCUUCAUCCGCCCCCCGUUCCUGCAGAAGGUUCUUGGUGCGUCACACCGCAGCCAUGAAGACAUCAAGUUUAGCUACGUCGCCGUGCGCCGAGGCAUCCCACCCGGCGCCUCGCGCAGCCUCUUCGACGUCCCGCAGGGCAAGGAGGUGGCUGACAAGGCCUUCAAGGGCUACGGCGACGCGGAAGGCGAGGCGCCGGACCCGCUCUCGCUGCCGCGCAACAUCCUCACGCCGCUUAAGCGGCGCGGCCACGUCACGCUCGACCUGUGCACGCCGGCGGGCCAGAUCGAGCGGUGGGUGGUGCCCAAGUCAUUCUCCAAGCAGGCGUAUCACGACGCGCGCAAGGCCGUCUGGGGCGACCUGUGGGCGCUGGGUGCCAAGACCCGCACCGUCCGCCAGGUCCGGCUGGGCAAGGGCGGUGUUGACUCGGGCGACGGAGGUGUCCGUUCCCGGGCGGCGGCCGGGAACCCGAAGAAGCUCAAGGUGGUGGAUGUCAAUGUGCACCCCCAGUUUGGCAUCAUCGGGGCGAGGGAGAGGGGCCGCGCCGCGCCGGAGAGGAGGACCAAGGGCGGCAAGAGGGUCAAGCUGGAUGAUUUGAUGGACAAGAUGGGGAUUGACAAGGUGGAGGACCCAGACGACAAGGAGGAUGCCGAGUUUAUGCGAGGCGGGAGGUGA